CUCUCCGGCGUGGAGCAGCUGCUGCAAGAGUUCCGCCGGCAGCUGCGGCAGGAGCCGGCGCAGGAGGAGCUGGAGCUGGAGCUGCGCGCCGGCGGCGGCCCCCGCGAGGGCUGCCCGGGCUCAGGCGGCAGCGGCUACAGCGCCAUGCCCGACGCCAUCAUCCGCACCAAGGACUCGCUCGCGGCCGGCGCCCGCUUCUUGAGAGCGCCCGCGGCCGUGCGAGACUGGCGCCAGUGCGUGGCGGCCUGCUGCGCUGAGCCGCGCUGCUCGCUGGCGGUGGUGGAGCUGCCCCGGCGGCCCGCGCCCCCGGCCGCCGCGCUCGGCUGCUACCUCUUCAACUGCACCGCGCACGGCCGCAGCGUCUGCAAGUUCGCGCCGCACCGCGGCUACAGCAGCUACAGCCUCAGCCGCGCAGCAAAGGCGGAGCCAGGAGCCCUGGCAGCCAGCGCCCCGGCCGCCGCCGCCUCGCCUCCGCUCGUCAGUGAUGAGCCUCCACUUAGCAAGGCGGGGCAGGAUGUGGUUGUGUAUCUGCCCGCAGAGGGGGUGACACUGGAUGGCCGCGAGAGCACAGAUGACCACGCCAUCGUCCAGUAUGAGUGGACACUGCUGCAGGGUGACCCCUCAGUGGACAUGAAGGUGCCUCACUCGGGAACACUGAAGCUAUCUCACUUACAAGAAGGAACAUACACCUUCCAGCUGACCGUGACUGACACCGCGGGUCAGAAAAGCUCCGACAACAUCUCAGUGACUGUGCUCCCCAAGGCCUACUCCACGGGAGGAUGCUUGAAGGUUUGCUCACGCUAUCACUUCUUCUGUGAUGAUGGCUGUUGCAUUGACAUCACCCUGGCCUGCGAUGGAAUGGAGCAGUGUCCUGAUGGGUCCGAUGAGGCCUUCUGUCAAAAUCUAAACAUUGGCCACAAGAUGGUGACUCACACGGCAGUGAGUCCUGCCCAGUCAAGAACCACAGGACUGAGCGAAGAUGCAGGCGGGCACGCCUUGUUGGAAAUGGACCCGAAAGCUACCGCCCAAAAUCAGCCACCUGCAUUAUCAAACACAGAGAAGAGGAAUCAUUCCACCUUUUGGGGACCGGAGAGUCAAGUCAGUCCUGUUCUGCCAGAUGGUAGUUCUUCAGGGAACAACAAAAAAGAGGAAACUUUUAUUUUUGAGUCAAAGAGUGAUGGAAGAGGAGGGGAACACCCACCCCCAGAAACAGGGGCGGUGCUACCCCUGGCCCUGGGCCUGGCUAUCACGGCUUUGCUGCUUCUCAUGGUUGCCUGCCGACUACGACUGGUGAAACAGAAACUUAAAAAAGCUCGUCCCAUAACAUCUGAGGAAUCUGACUACCUCAUAAAUGGGAUGUAUCUGUAAUAAAUCUGAUUUAAAUAGCUUGGGGUAAGGACAUGUUCCACUUAUAAUUUAUACAUAUAUCGGGUUCUGGAAA